CCACAACAGGCUAACAAGAUGGAAGACACUGUAACACCAAACAUAUCAAUAGCACUGUAUCGCUAUCUAUGUCAACAUAUAGUAGGCUCAGAAUAUCAUGUUAAACAAAUUAGAUUGAUGAACGCUGUCAGGGACAAUUUACAUAGUAACAAGGAAGAAACAAUUAUAACAAGUGGAAGCUUAGGGGAAGGACUCGAUAUUCGAGGCAGUGAUUUAGACGUAAUGAAUGUAUCAAGAACCUUAGAAGUUUAUGAAGAUUUAAAACUACAGUUUAAUCCAAGUAUAACAUAUUUUUUAAUGGAUAGAGACGACGUUAAACCUGGUUAUGCUCAGAUGAAACUUGAUUACUGCAAAUUUCGGAGUGUUUUAAAACAAUGUGAAGAACAAAAUGGUAAACAUUAUUUUUCGAGUACAUUAUAUAAAAAACUAAACGUCAACUCAUUUCAUAAUAAUCUAAGCACGAUUCAUGGACCCUGUAUAUCUGACCCGACAGGAUAUUUUGACUUAGCUUGUUGCUUACAUUGUAACACGUGGGUGUCUCCUGCAGGACAGUGGAUCACAAGAUCAAAUAACUCAUGGCCGAGUCAUAAUGUCAAACAAAGUAUUAUAAAACACGGAGUACGUUUUGUACCGAUCGGAGUUAAGGGCUCACCAAAAGAAGACCUAGAAUGGCGAAUAUUUUUUUCAGUUGGUGAAAAAUUUCUAAUUAAUACCUUUACACACACUAAACUACUAUGCUAUGCUCUAUUAAAAAUUGUAUUGAAAGAUGUAAUAGCUACCUUUUCCGAAUGUGCAGAUUUACUCUGAUCUUACUUCCUGAAAACAAUUGUGUUCUGGAUAUCUGAAGAACUGCCACAGUCGGUGUGGAAACCUUAUUACAUUAUUCCUUGUUUUAUGCGAUGUUUUAUUAGGCUGGAUUAUUGUUUUGAGCACUCAGUUUGCUUACAUUACUUCAUUCCAAAGAACAACAUGUUCGAAAACAAAAUUGUGGGCCGUGCUCGUGAAAUACUUUUAGAAAAACUAUAUAUGUUGCAUAGUUAUAAUUGGCGAUGCAUUUUAUUUUCUGAUCAAAUAUCUAACUUUAAUUUAUCAAUUUCGAAUUUCCCCAUCAAACCGCAUAUACUAUUUUCAAAAGAAGUUGAAAAAAUACUUUCAUCCAAUAUAUGGAGUUUGUCAAAUGCUAUUUUCACAUUCACGCCAUCGAAUAUAGUCAAUAUAAAAAUGAAACAGACAUUUUUGUGUCAGCAAUCUUCCGAGUCUUUUAGAAAAGAUAUAUUUAAAUUCUUCAUAUCAAAGUGGUGUCAAGUACAUGCCCAGUAUGUAUCACUCAUUAGUACAUUUAGUAAUAAUAAAUACCAAUACAAACAGUACAAAUUCUGUCUUAGUACUGUCAUAGAUAAUAUCUAUCAUGACGCUGUAUCUGGAUGGCUGAUGAUUGCUACUUUUUUCUAUAAGACAAAACAAUAUAGUAAAGCUUUAUACAUCGUAAGUUAUUCUUUAUCAAAAUGUACUCCCGAAAAACUGUGCUACGUGAUGUCUUUGUCGGAUAUCCAUUACCAGUUGCUAAAACUGCAAACAUUUCAGGAAAAGAGUUUGGUGUGUUUGCUGAAAACAUUGGUUGUGGACGAUGUACUAUUUGAAAAGAAUUCUACGCUAAUACCAGAUGAACUUCAAAUGAAGCAAUUGAAUCAAAUUUGUGUAUUUUCAUCUACAGCGUAUGCUUAUUUCCUUAAUUUCCUUUGUUAUUAUCAUCUCAAUGAUGUCAGACAAUGCCAAGAUUCCAUUCAAGGUUUACAACUGGUUAUAGAUGAAGGUUAUUUAUUAAGAUUUAAAAUUUUUAGAGCAGGAGCUUAUAAUCUGUUGGGAAUCGCUCUACAGUUAUUAGGCGAUAAGGAAUCCGCAAGACGCGCAUUUUUACAAUCAGUUAAUUUAUGCCCGGUCGAAUCUUACAACUCUGCUAUAAAGAGACUUUUGUUAAUAGGUUAAUUGUGACAUAUGUGUUUUCAGUUAAACUUAAGAAAAUUGUAAUAUUUGUGAUUUUUUUGUCUAUGAAGCAGAGUAUGAACUUGAUGGAGCCACAUGUCACUACAGAAUGACGAACAAUACAUAUCAUGUAUAAAAAUU